AUGUAUAGAGUGGGAAAGAAGAUUGAUUCAGGUGAUUGGAUUCCUAUUGAGAUGAGAAAGAUAUUAGAAGAAAAAUGGAAUGAUGAUAAGUGGAAAAGAAAGUUAGAAAUUAACACUCACAAUAGAAGAUCUUUGGAUGGCCCACUACACACUGGAGGAUCAAUUCCGACAACUGAGCACUAUAAGAGAUUAAAAAAAUCCUCAGAUACGAGUCCAACUUGUUGGGAGUUAUUUCAAAAGACACACAGAGUUAAAGGUAACCCAGAAAAGUGGGUUUCUUUAAAAUCAGAGAUGGUUGCUAAUGAGUAUGAAAAAAGGAUUAUUGAGAGAGAUUCACAAGAGGCACCCGGAGAUGAUGUUUCUAGUCAUCAAUCUGACAACCUCAUCUUCUUAGAUGUUGUUGGAGGUGUAGAUAAGAAGGGUCGUAUAUAUGGUUUGGGACCGGAAGCAGCAAAGUACAAGCCGUCUAAAUCUUUCACAUAUGACGGUAUCUCUUCAUCUGAGUAUGAACAAAUGACGACUGUUAUUUCUGAUGUGUCUGUUGAAAACAAAACUCUUAAAGAUAAACUUAAGACUCAUGAGGAUUCGAUUCGUGCAUCACAGGAAGACUCACGUUUGCUUAGAGAACAAUUAUUCCGAUUUAUGAAAACUUUUUCUGCAGGUCAUCUACCUCCACGUCCGGAUCAAACUCCAUCUUCACCCACUUCUUGA